CGGGGGCGUGCCCUGUUCAGCCCUGGCGCAAGAUGGCGCUGCCCUUCGCACGUUCGUUGUGCCUGUGCCGCCGGGGAGCCGAACGCUUGGGGCUUGCUGCCGCCGAAGCCCGCAGAGGCAUCAGUUUCAAACUGGAAGAAAAAACUGCCCACAGCAGCCUGGCCCUCUUCAAAGGUGACACGGGCGUCAAAUACGGCAUAGUGGGAUUGGAGCCCACCAAGGUGGCCCUGAACGUGGAGCGCUUCCGGGAGUGGGCCGUGGUGCUGGCAGACACGGCGGUCACCAGUGGCAGACACUACUGGGAGGUGACGGUGAAACGCUCCCACCAGUUCCGGAUAGGAGUGGCAGACGUGGACAUGUCCCGGGAUAGUUGCAUCGGUGUUGAUGAGCGUUCCUGGGUGUUCGCUUAUGCUCAGCGCAAGUGGCACACCAUGUUGGCCAACGAAAAAGCCCCCAUUGAGGGCAUCGGGCAGCCAGAGAAGGUGGGGCUGCUGCUGGAGUAUGAGGCCCAGAAGCUGAGCCUGGUGGACGUGAGUGGGGUCGCUGUGGUCCACACCAUACAGACCGAUUUCCGAGGUCCAGUGGUACCUGCCUUCGCCCUUUGGGAUGGAGAGCUGCUGACCCACUCAGGGCUCGAGGUGCCUGAAGGCCUCUAGCAUGUCCCUCACUGGAGUCCCUAAUUAUGCUCUUGGCCAAUCUCCUCUGAAAGUGAAACCUUUUAAUUUUGCCACCAAGCAAUCUCUAACUCUCAAAAUUCAGUGUUGGGUCCUCUGUGCAAUAUCCUAGUCAUCUUCUUCUCCCAUACCCUGAGAAAGCUAGGCAUACAGCCACUUUUCCCCUCCCCCAAGCCACUGCCAGUGUCCUAAGCUAUCAUGAGUGUACCUUGCCUGGCUGGCUUCCUUCAGUCCCUCUGCCUCCCUGUGCCCAGACCUGUCUCAGACUGCAUUCAGUCCUGGGGUCUUAGCUUUCAAAUUGUUUGAAUGUAUUCACCACUGUGAUACCCUCUGCCUCCCUUUGCCCACAUGUGAUUUUUUUCCUUGGGGCUCUACAGGAUCUCUCCAGAGUAAAUCCUUUCUACCUCUGGCUGGAAGAGUGGUGCAGUCAGUGACUUGCCCCUUUACAGCGUAUAUGCAGUCUGGGCUCUGCCUCCCUCAUAAAGUGCUUUACGGUGGCUGAAACCGAGCCCUCCUUCCCCAGUACCUCAGUGCCAGACUCUCAGCCCCACAUAGCUGCAGCUGUCACCACCCACAGUCCGUCUGCCUUAAUCUGCACACCUCUGACAUCUGGUAUAAUCACUGGGUCAGUUACAACCACAACCAAAGGAGACAAGGUACUUUUGCUGCAGUUGGAACUUCCAGAGGGAGGAGGGAUGCCUGAGGUCUUGCACAAUCCAUUUUUGGGCCUGCUCAGUCCCAAACCUCCAAGCAUCAGCCCACCCCUGCAACCUG